CUUGCCACGUCCACUGCUUUCUCUUACGGAAGUGUCACAAUGUGAUACAUGUUCUUUGCUUUUAACUGUGUUCGAUUACUUCAUAAGCUACAUACGAGAACAUGUUAAUUAUUAAUGAAUUUAUGCAUUUGACUAACAAGUGUAAAUCUAAUCGAGGAUAGCUGUUGUUAUGGCGGCUCAUUGUAUAGUGUGAAUGAAUUGAAUCUGGCUUCACGCGUGUAUUAGUGAUGUAAACAUGGACAGGCCGGACACUGCUUUCACUCUGGCUUAUGUAGUAUUCACACUGUGUUUUGUUUUUACGCCAAAUGAGUUUCGUUCGGCAGGUUUUACGGUUCAGCAUCUGUUUUCAGAGUUGCUGGGCAGUGAAGACAUCUGCUUCAUUCAGCACCACAUCAGGAGAACCACACUAACUCUACUCGCACACUGCUUCUUACCGCUGGGUUACUACAUAGGAAUGUGUUUUGCCGCUCCAGAACAGAAUCUCAUUUAUGUCAAUCAUGCAAGUCAGGGAUGGCAAAUCUACUUGGGCGUUUCACUUGCCAUCCAGCUUUUGAGCUGUGCUCUUGCUUUCUAUUGGUCCAGACGUGGAUGGGCGAAUCAUCCGAUAUGUAAAGCUCUGAGUGUGCAUGCAUUACCUCAGUCCAGUUGGAGGGCUGUCGCAUCUUCCAUCAACACAGAGUUUCGCCGCAUUGACAAAUUUGCUUCAGGUUCUCCAAGCGCGAGAGUGAUAGUCACUGAUACUUGGGUGAUGAAGGUCACAACAUACUACUUGCAUGUUGCAUUACAUCAAGACUGUCAUUUGACUGUCACAGACUCCAAGCAUCACAACCUGUCACCUGAAUUAAACACACCGGUACAGAUUGUCACCAUCACCGUUGCCAGCAUCAACCCAAGAGUCAAGUCUUUUGACAUAAGAUUGAAAUCUACAGAGUAUGUUGAACUACAAGAGAAGCUGCAUGCACCAAUCAGAAAUGCUGCCAAUGUGGUCAUCCAUUUGACAAUGAGUGAGCUAUUUUUGGAGACCUUCAAGACUUAUGUGAAGAUGAAUGAAGUUUACAAUUGCCCAAGUGAACAGGAACUGGAACCAUGUAUUGGAUGUAUGCAGGUGAAUGCCAAUGUGAAGCUUGUGUGUAUGUGUCAGGAGGAUGGUGAAGGUGACUGCCAGCACUGUUACUGCAGACCCAUGUGGUGUCUCACCUGUAUGGGCAAAUGGUUCGCCAGCCGUCAGGACCAGGAGCAGCCGGAGACGUGGCUGAGCAGCAGGGUCCCCUGUCCCACCUGCAGGGCCAAAUUCUGCAUUCUGGAUGUCUGUCCCAUUCAUUGAUUGAAUAUAUUAUAUCAGUUCAUGCUUUUCAUAUUCGUAUGCCUUUGAAACACUCAGCACUUCUGUAUAAAUCUCUUCAAGGGGACAUUAUUGUAUCAGAAAUGUGUUGCAUUUAAAUACGUGUUUGUUUAUUAAAUGUUAAUAAUGUUUCUGUCUCCCAAGCUAGACACGUAUCGGAUUAUUAUGGGUGAAUGUAAUAAUAAUGAAAAAAAACAAAAAAAAAACUUGUCCAGGUUGAACUACACUCCAAAAAUCAAAAGAAAGAAUUGAGAAAUUAUACAGUGUUUGCACAACGAAAAUGAAGACAUUUAAAGAUACAAAUAAGGUUUUACUUUGCAACAUUAUUUUUAUGGCAGUUAAGCCCCUCUCCACCAGUUGACAUUACCGUAAUGCAAAAAAAUAAAAAAAUAAAAAUUGAAUUGUUUACACACUUAAAAAUAAAAA